ACAUGUGCCGCCAUGUUCAUUUUGAGUAUGCUACAGUAUGCUACAUGCUAUAGAUGAUAUUCGUAGAUUCGCGUAUUAUCACCUAUGAUUUACCUGUGCUGCUUGUCUUUGAAAUUGUUGUAUUGCUCGCACAUAUAGGUUUUAAAAUGUCCGGUUCCACGUCCCAUGAAUCCCCUAAAGGCAAUGUUCCGACAAAAACUAAUGUGCAGAAGAAACCGACGUGUAUCAUUGUUCUUGGGAUGGCUGGAUCUGGAAAAACUACAUUUGUACAACGACUCGUUUCAGUACUGUACAGCGUAGGGAAACCGUACGCGAUAAAUUUGGAUCCUGCGUGCAGGGAGGUUCCUUACCCAGCUAACGUAGACAUCAGGGAUACGGUCAAUUACAAGGAGGUGAUGAAACAGUAUAGCUUAGGUCCGAACGGUGGCAUCGUCACUGCUUUAAACCUUUUUUCCACAAAAUUCGAUCAAGUGAUAGGACUCAUCGAGAAAGCAGGCAAAGAACAUGAAUACGUAAUUUUGGAUACCCCUGGCCAGAUCGAAGUUUUCACAUGGUCGGCGAGUGGUACGAUCGUCACGGAAGCCCUUGCAUCCCAGUUUCCCACGAUCGUUGUGUACAUAUUAGAUACCGUGAGAAGCGUGAAUCCAGUGACGUUCAUGUCCAACAUGCUGUAUGCUUGUUCGAUCUUUUACAAGACCAAACUCCCCUUUAUCGUUGCCAUGAAUAAGACCGAUAUCGUCGAGCACAGUUACGCUGUGGACUGGAUGCACGAUUUCGAAGCAUUCCAGGAAGCUUUAGAUUCGGAAACUAGCUACAUCGGCAACCUGACACGUAGCAUGGCUCUCACUCUCGACGAGUUCUAUUCUCAUUUACGUAGUUGUGGCGUUUCCGCUGCAACUGGGGCUGGCAUCGGAAAGUUUCUCGACCUUGUUCGAGAUGCUGCAGAGGAAUACGAGAGGGAUUAUAAGAAGGACUGGGAGGAAAUGAAAGUGAAACGCAACGCGCAGAGGCUAAAAGCGGAGAAGGAACAAGUUGAAUUAGCGACCCGCCGCCCAGAAGUUACGGCCGACGGAUUGGUAUCUACGAUUAGUAGCGGCAGAGAAAUUUCAGACGUGUACCUGAAGCACGCGGGCGACGAGUCGAGCGAGGACGAAGAAGGUACUGAGAAUCCGUUUAACGGCGAAGAACAGGAGAGGGAGGCGUUCAAGAAUUUUUUAGAGAAGCACAAUGAGAAGCACCAAGAGAAAACCAAGGUAUUUGUUUCCGAUCGACCUGCAACGAGUAGUAGAGAUACGUAGUAUAGAAAUUAUUACUGUCUAUCGAUAAAUAAACUUUUAAUGACAAAGA